AUGCUGUUUAACAAGGUAGGCCUACUCAAACCGUAUGCUAAGUACAGGUACAUUUUGACGUUUAAAAUAGAUAGUAAGAAAUAAGAGAAUAAAAACUUGUCGUUUCGGUUUUUUGUUCUCUUGACCUACAUUUAUUUCCUCGAGUGAAAGCUCUGCUAGCUCCGUCACAGGCUAACGUUAGAAGACGGUUUCAACGGUCGGAGGACUUUUAAGACUUUAACUGUUAAAACGUACAUAUGCAAUAAUAACGCUAUAUUUGUGACUUUAGUGUUAGUAUGAUGCCUCUCUUAAUGAAUUUUGGUUGACUUAUGUAUAUUAGGGGGAAAAAAAACCUUAAAGUCGUCAACGAAACUUGGCACUCAGCGAUUUCCCCCUUCAUGACCCCUCCCGGUAUCCGUUUAUAAUAUAUACUGUUUAUUUUGGCUCUUACUACAAAAUGACAUCUCCUCUUUGUCAGGUAUAUUAUAAUAUUUUUACACAUGAUAAUGAUGGCAACAACUUGUUUAGAACUGCACGAGACAUCUUCCUCUCCUGCAGUAACCUAGAAAUUUCUAUUAUUCUAUUAUUCCUGGAGGAUUACUGCUAAAAUCCUACUAUUAUAUAAAUUCUGUACAUAUCUUGUACAUAUCUUGUUUUAACUCAAAGUUUCUUUUAAUUUUUAUCUUGUUGUAUCUAUAUAUAAUGCUGCUGUAAAUGUGGAAUUUUCUCCCGUGGGACUAUUAAAGGAACAUCUUCUCUUAUUCUAGAAAUCUAUCUGAUUUUUGCUGAUAUCAGCCCUGUACAUGGAUAUACUUCUAAUAGCAUUUGACAUUAAAUUGUCACAGAUUACAUGAUUAAAAGGCAGACUUUCACAAUCAUGAAAACUAAACUCAACAGGCAAACUAAAUUCACUGCGAUGGGCUCAGCAAAGAGAGUCGUGUUGGUGUGAAUACUGUAUCCACCUGCAUCAGAGUGUUUUAUGCUGAUAGUAAAGAGAGUGCUAAGCCUUUGCCUACUUUGAUGAAACCUUUAAGCAAGUACGUCAUUUGGCACAAAUGUUUACUAUUUUGUUUCAGACUAUUGUACUCAAUUACAUUCAUGUCUUAGGGUGUGUCUGUUGUAAAGGUAAAGCAAGGACAAGUAUAUGUGAUUUACUGUUUUUAAAGGAGUGUACCUGUGGCAUCUGAACUGGGUUUACCUUCUCUAACUUGACAGAGACAGAGUCUUCCCACAGAGUCCAGUAAAUGUAUAUUGAGUCUAGCUAAUGUUUUACCAUUUUGUGACCAAAAACAUCACAUUUUUUAGCUUAAGUUUCUGUAUGUUUGUGUUAUGGUGAGAUGAUCGUGUCCAGUUUGACCCAUUUUCAUGCCUGUUUCUCUUUUUUUUUUCGCUUCACCUACAGGUGCUCAGAGCCGGUGUGCGGUCUGGAAUCAGGCUGCAGAGUUCCAGUGCAGCUGCAGCCAGCGUCCCAUCAUCCCUUCAUGCACAAACAUCGAGCAGCGGCUUCUCAUUUGGUGAGAGAAAGGAUGUAAAGCCUCACAUGUCAGUUUACACAUCAGAAUAGGUUUUGGUGACCAUAUUUUCCUCCUGUUUGAAGUGUCUCUCUCUGAUGUUUUUGACGGGGUACAAAAAGUCUUGUCCUUCUUCUGUUUUUAUGGUGAUUAUUGUAAUUCUGCAAGGUUCAUGUGAAGAUGGUGUAAGGCAGCGAAUCUGACCAAUCAAGCAGGUUUCCUCUUGUAUUUAUGUAAUAGUCUCUCUUUUCUUUGAGGUUAUUUGAGCUAAGUGAGGUACGCUUCAGAAAAUACAAACAGGAUUUGACUAAAUAAAGAUUGCUGGAGCCUCAAACUGUCUCUAGGUAAACACCGAAGUAGGACAGUGGAUUUUGUCCUUCAUUUCUAUCUAGAUUUGGCGCAAAGACAACUUUUUGACAGACUUUCUCAGAAUUGUAACUCCCUUUUUAAAUUAUGUUGAAACUGUUGAUGAUUAGUCAUGUUGGUUUUAAUCCACAGAGCUGACAGAGCAGCAGAAAGAGUUCCAGCAGCUGGCCAGGAAGUUCGCACGGGAAGAGGUCAUUCCUGCCGCACCUGCUUAUGACAGGACUGGGGAGGUGAGCGUUGACUAAUGAUUCGGCUGCAGUGAGUCUGCUUAAAGGUUAAUGUGGUUACAAAUGUUAAAGUACCACAGUACUUGAACACAGAGUCUCCAGGAAAAAUCGCAUCCUGGACAUUCAGUGUCCAGCAGCCCUCCCUUUGGGUAGACUCAACAAUCAGCACCAACACAAACAUAAACAUACUGCAAACGAGAUUUUCCUUAAAGCUGUGGACAAACUGUUGAACCCAUGACCCCCCUCUCGAACUGGCAUUCACUGGCACACUAAGGCCUGAAGUAUGAUAUUUAAUAUAAAAUAUAUGAUCUAAAAGUAUAAAAACUGAUAAAGCUUCAUUGGAGGUUUUAGUGAAUUUUUGACCUUUUACUAUAAAUUUUCUGAAACUGGAGCUGCAGCACCAUUAGUACAGAAAUGCAAAACUAGUGUAGAGUCAAAUAAGAACCAAACAAAUAAAUAGAGGGACUGACGGUCUGAAUAAAGUCGGUGAAAUUGAAUCAUUCAUUAAUUCAGGUGGUUUUAAACCUUAUUCUGACUGUGAGCAAACUCUCGUGCUGUAGGCAUGUUUGUGUUGUCUUCAGAGUUGUCUAAACAUGGCUGCCAGCAUUUCACCUCUGGAUACAGUUUGCAUAAAUAUUUGCACUCUUGACUUUUCUAACAGCGACGUAAUGAUGCAUUUACAUGUGUAGUUUUUAAAAUAUUUGAUUCUUAAAGUCUGCUUUUAUUGCUCUCAUCCUAAGAGGUUUUUUGUUGUAUUGUUUUUUUCUUUACCUCCUAAACGAACCCUCAUGGCUGAUUAUCAUCCUGUUUCAUGUUUGAGCUCCUCUGUUUUGACAGUAAGUUUAAAGAAAUACAACAUUUUUCCUGUCAUUUCGCAGUAUCCUGUCCCCCUCAUCAAGAAAGCAUGGGAGCUUGGUCUGAUGAACGGUCACAUCCCACAAGAAUAUGGUGAGUUACCUCCUCUUUCUCUCUCCUCCUCUCUUUUUAAAACUGUUUUGAUUUUCUUUUUGUGAGAUAAUUUUGUGGCCACGGUGUGUCAGCUUGUUUAAAAAAAUAAGUAGUAAAGAUAUCUUCUUCAUGUUUCCAUCCAUUCUCUCGUGUGUUAAGGUGGAAUGGGCCUGUCAGCCUUUGACAACUGCCUCAUCACAGAAGAAAUGGCCUACGCCUGCACAGGAGUACAGACAGCUAUCGAAGCAAACUCUCUGGGGGUAAGAAGUUGAAAGAUUUGCUGGGAAAUCACCUCUCCAUUUUUCCAAGAGUCUUAAAACAGUCUUUUAAAAUGUCCAAAUGUUGAGGUUUAUACUGUAUAUCAUGUUGUGAAGUAUUUUGGUUUCAGCACCGUAUCAGAUCUAGUCAUGAUUUAAGGCUGUGGCGUCAGUCCAGGUAGAAAUAAGUCUGAUCUGUUUCUCUUACAGGCGAUGCCAGUUAUUCUAGCCGGAACUGAAGCACAGAAGACUAAAUACCUGGGGAGGUUGGUGGAAGAGCCGCUUAUGUGUGUAAGUAUUUAAUGUUUGUUGGAUAGUCAAUAUACAAGCUCUUUAAAUUCUCCGUAUGGAAAUUCUGCCAGUGAACUUAAUUUGUUUGGAUUUGUUUAUGAAGCUGCAGUUUCACUCAAUUAAAAGUUUACCUGCAUUUACUCUAAUUUCUGCUGUAAUGAGAUUAAAUCUUGUUUGACAAUGAGGCACUUUUGGCAGGAGGAUUGCAGAGCAUUAGACCUGGUGUUUCAAACACUAGUUCACAACUCUACGAUUUGAACUGCUCUCAUUUAAAUCAGAUCAGACCUCAUGAACAUGGUGUGUGUGCUGUGUUUCCUGCAGGCUUACUGCGUCACAGAGCCCGGUGCAGGCUCUGACGUCGCUGGACUUAAGACCAAAGCUGUGAAGAUGGGCGAUGAGUAUGUUGUUAACGGUCAGAAGAUGUGGAUCACCAACGGAGGGAAAGCUAACUGGUGUGUACUCACUGCCACCUCAGAUUAACAUGACCCACUGUGGUUUCAGCUCAUGUUGUUUCUUCUUUAGGAUCCUUAAACUUGAAGAAAAAAGAAAUGAAUGCCAGUCCUUAAUAUCUGAGUGCCAGGCCUGUAUUUGAAACAGGCUUUAAUAAAAGGCAGGCCCUGGUUACUUUUCCAUUUGUUUGAUUUGUGUCUUAUUUUUACACAAAGCUGCCAUGUUUGAGACAAUUACAAAAGUAAAAUGAUGUUUUUUGUAGUCACUUCCAUCUUGUGGCUCUUCUACAUUACUAAAUAAAAUCAGUCUGGCUGAGACAUGAACAUACAUUCUCAUUCACACAUUAUCAUAUCAAGAUCAUAAUGUGUGUAAAUAACAAGCAAAAAGAACAAAUAUAAAGAUAAGUUUGUUUUUCUUUAAUUCAUUCAAACAUUUAUACUCUCCUCAUGACCUCAGGUACUUCCUCUUGGCUCGCACUAACCUCGACCCGAAAUGUCCAGCUGGCAAAGCUUUCACCGGCUUCAUUUUGGAUGCUGACACCCCAGGGAUAACUAUCGGCAGGAAGGUAAGCUGUCACUUAUUCUUCAAAACAUAUUUCCCCAGUCUGUGGAGAGCGAAAUAGAAAAGUUUUGUUUUUAGAGCCACUCUUGGAGAGAAAACUGGGAAAACACAGUGAUUCACUCAGGGCCAUGACGAGGAUCUCAGUGUGAAACCAGCUUAUGUUGUUGUCGGCUGUAUAUUUGAAUAUAUGAGAGACCAGAAAAGCACCAAACUCUGUUACCAAACUGAAUUUAAGUCACUUAAAGGAAAGUUGUGCAGUGACUCGAUCUAAACUUUGUAACAGAAAUGGUUUUCAUCGUUUUUCUUCAGCUGUAGUUUAACUCUGCUCUAUACAGAAACAGAGAUUAGAAGUGCAUGACUCAUGUCAAGCUCCUCUGUGUACUUGACUAUAUACCUGUUUAUUUUGAAGCAGUGACACGUGCACCACAAGAUAACACACCCUUGUGUUUGCUCUGCGCUUACAGGAGCUGAACAUGGGCCAGAGGUGCUCUGAUACCAGAGGCAUCACCUUUGAGGAUGUGAGAAUACCAAAGGAGAACGUCCUGAUCACAGAGGGAGCUGGAUUCAAGAUUGCAAUGGGCGCCUUCGACAGCACCAGACCACCAGUAAGUCCUUCAGCUGCAGUUAUCCAUAGACAAUACCACAGAGAUGAAGUCCAGAUACAAGGAGGAUCUGACUGUUUUUUAUGCAGAAAAAAAAUAACAAAUCAUUAUGAAUGAAAUAUUCCUGUUCAGUUGUUUAAAGUCACAGGAGACUUGAGAGUUUGAUAGUUAGUCAAGCUGUUGAUGCUUCACAGGUGGCAGCAGGAGCUACAGGUCUGGCUCAGAGGGCACUUGAUGAAGCCACCAACUACGCUCUGGAGAGGAAAACCUUUGGGAAAGUUAUCGCCGAGGUCAGUUUGCAGUGGAUGUUUGGAGAGAAGAACACACACAAUUCAAAGUCUUUUCCUCAGUUUUAGCGAUUCUUCAGUUGAAGUUGUCAAACAAACUGGAGACUGAAAAAAAAACUGAAUGAGGCAGAAAAACUGAACUUUCUGGUCGUGUUGCUGCAGUUUGGACCUGAAGCAUAAAUAAACAUGCUCUCAAACUCACCUCGAGGGGAGAUGGAGGAUUUUGCAUACAAAGUGUCACUAAAUCUUAUUUACAAAGCACAUUUUUAAACACAGCGUGCUACAGCAGACAAAUGAACAAGGAUAAACACAUAAUCUCACACGUGAGUGGAGUAAGAGAAAUGCAAAUAAAAACAUCCUUUUCACUGUUACGAAUCGUCCAAAGUCAACUGAAGAGCUACACUUCUGUCUCCCUCAGUCACUCUCAUCUGUAUGUGUGGUUCAGACACACAGACCUGCAGCUCUGUGCUCCAGGCUAUAACAUUAAAGAGGGGACUUUAGCUGGUGAUGAAACAGACUGAAUAAGUUAGUAUUGAUGCCUCCUAAUGAUGAAAAACCCAUUAGUAUACAUUCAGCAGUGAUCAGUCAAUCACUCCAGAGAACUUCUCAGGCAUGAAAUCUAAAAUAUGGAAAAAUGUUUUUUAAAUUUCUUGUCAAAGUAAAGGCUCUUCUGUCUGCUCUUCUUCCACAGCAUCAGGCCGUGUCCUUCCUCCUGGCUGAGAUGGCCAUGAAGGUGGAGCUGGCCAGGAUGGCGUACCAGAGAGCCGCAUGGGAGGUGGAUCAGGGCCGCAGGAACACCUACUACGCCUCCAUCGCCAAGGCCUUCGCUGGAGACAUCGCCAACCAGGUGGCCUCUGACGCCGUUCAGGUGUUUGGAGGAAACGGCUUCAACAGCGACUAUCCUGUAGAGAAACUGAUGAGAGACGCCAAGAUCUACCAGGUGGGUGGUGAUACUGAGCACCAUGUCGAAUCAUCUUAAGCAGAACUUCUUUUUUCCUAAAUCUGUUCUUGUUUCUUGUCGUAGAUCUACGAGGGCACAGCUCAGAUCCAAAGACUCAUCAUUGCCCGAGAACACCUGGGAAGAGCCAAGAAAUGA